AUGGCGGGUUUACUGCUCCUUAGGACUAUAACAUGCUGGCUGCCUGGGCGGGGGCCUCGUAGUCUGGCCUCGAGGAAAAUAGCCAAGUGCGGUUACCUAUUCGUCGCACCUGGCUGGGACUUCACCAACCCCAUCAAUAGAACUAAGACCUUGACACAUGUAGGAGCAGGAACAACAAAGAACUGUAAAGAAACGGGUCCGUCUAUAUCUGUUGACAUAAGGCAAGAGGUUAAGAUGGGCAGGAUGGAGCUCGUAGCAAUCCAUCAGGACGCCUUUACGCGACAAUGA